AUGGAGGUAAAUUACUCAGUUACGGAGCCGUACUUUGUAGCUUUGAUCGCAACUCAGAGGAGCCCGCUCUGUCGCCUCUUGCCGUGGCGACAAUUUUACCAGGUUUCCGGCGAUUACCCGGGAGCCCUCCAAAGACAGAUGGAUGGUGAAGCCAAUGAACAGCUGCCCAAACAGGAGCGUUUGAGGACAAGAUGGACAGCAUCCCUCGAUAAGAUUUUUGCAGACCUUGUUGUUCAGCAGAUUCAACUGGGGAACAGACCAAACAAUGUUUUUGACAAGAAGACAUGGAACCACAUACGCGAAGAAUUUAACAGACAGACAAAUCUUAACUUUAAUAAUAAUCAAUUGAGGAAACACCUUGAUGUUCUCCGGACACGUUACUGUAGUCUGAAAUCAGCCUUUGAUCAACAGGAUCCCAUAGAAGAUUCUUGCUACAUUGGGUUUGACCUAUGGGAAGACAUUGGAGCACAACAUAAGCCUGCUGAGUCCACCAAGAUCAAGGAUUGUCCUAUUUAUGACCAGUUAUGUGCAAUUUUUGCGGAUUCAGGUGCUGAUGGAAAAUAUGCUCAAUCCAGCCACUAUGAAGAGCUAGACAAAUCUGCUGGGAAAUAUGCCCAAUCCAGCCACUAUGAAGAACUGGAUAAAUCUGCAGGUACAGACCCUUUAUAUCAGGAAAGUGGAAAUGCACUUCCUCAAACCCCUGCGCUGUCAAGACCUGAACAAGGAAAUCCAUCUCCGCCACAGAAUAUGAAUAAAACCACAGCAGAAAGAAAGAGGAAGCGUCCAGCAGAGACUAGCAGGGGAUCCGGAGAAAGUUACUUGGAUGGAAAUUUAAGAAAUAUAAUGGCAGGAGCAUUGUUAGAUAUGAUUGGUGCAUCAAAGUUGCGAUCAACAGAUAUGUCUAAGACUGAUGAUAAAUUUACGAUAACCAACUGCAUAAAAGCUUUGGACGAGAUUGAAGGCAUUGAGGAUUGGCUCUAUUAUGCAGCGCUGGAUCUUUUCGAGGAUCCCAGUUCACGAGAGAUGUUCCUUUCUCUUAAGAGCAACACAGUAAGGUUAACAUGGCUACAGGGGAAGUGUGGUCAUUUUUUCUCCUAGUUUAGUAGAACUACCUUUUGGUUUUUUAUAUUUUUUGGUGCAGAUAACACCCUUCAAUAGCAAAAACUAUGUUAGGCGAUAACUUUUUUUGACUUGCUGGCUAGUAGGGAUGCAAGAUGUUUUAGCAUGA